UUCAUUUAUCUUCCUCUCACCUCCCCUCGUUAUAGUUAUAGUUGAAUAGUAGGGCCCUGCUAGAUUAAUAAAGCGAAUAGCUACAGCCUUAAAAAAUGGGCCCCGAGAUUUAAAUUAUGCAAAUUCAAUAACGAUUUAAGUAAUUGGAUAUUUACAUUUCAUAGAUACGUUUGAAAUUGAAAAAAAGAAUUCGCGCCCAAAUAAUUCAUUCACAGUUCUCAGCAGAGGCAUUCAGAAUUUGGCAAUCAUGAAGAAGAGACAGCAAUCUUUUCUAUCCUCUGCUCACGACGGCAACAGUAGCAACAUUAGUAAUCUCAGCAGCGCAGCCAAACAAAUGCGGAGGACAAGCUCAGCCGAGUGUUCGAAUCCCUUCAACAACAUGAUCAAUAGCAGCAACAGGCGCUCUUCCAUUGCGUAUACAAAAAACCCCAAGCAAGAUCCCCGCAAUGUCAACAGCCGCAGCUUCCAAUUAGCCGCCGUGGGAAGCUUGAAUGCAUAUUUUCAGUCGCAUGGCUUCGCCAUCACAAUUCCAACCAAGGGUUUGCCUACGGGGAAAGAGGUUAAAGAAAUCAUACAUUUUUUGGUCCAUCAAUUGGACCCUGAAUGGCCCCUCUCAAAGCUCGAAGAAGAUAUUCCCUUCCUCUUCAAACAAUAUGGAUAUCCUUUUCAGAUCAACAAAAGCGCGCUUUAUGCUGCAGGGAGUCCACAUUCGUGGCCCCCGCUUUUGGCCGCCCUCGCAUGGCUCGUUCAGCUUCUCAGAUACAAUGAAAAAGUAGAAGAAGAGGAACGCUCCAGCUAUAAUGAUGAGACAUUCGACUUUUUGGCAGAGAGUUAUAGUCAUUUUUUAAAAGGUGAUGAUACAGCUGUAGAGGCCUUGGAUAAUGAAUUCAUGCUUCAAUUGGAAGAAGAACGAGCUUUUAUUGUGCAGAACUCUGCUGCUGUAGAAAUGGUUGUCAAGGAGUUGGAGGCCAAGGUUCAGAGUCUGAAGACAGGGCCUUCUGUUGUGGAGGCAUUAGAAAAUGAUAAAUCCUUACUGGCCAAAGAUGUGGUCAAGUUUCAUUCAAUCAUAAAUAAUUUUUCGGCCAAGAAAGAGGCACUAGAGAAGAGUUUGGUGGAGAAGAAGCAGGAAUUGGAUACAAAGAAUAUGGAGAUUGAGAAAUUGAGUAAGGAAAAUGAGGUUCUGAAGCAGCAAGUGGAUGCACAGCACGUUAAUGUGAGGGAUUACGAGAAGAUGAGUAGGGAGUUGCAUAAUAUUGAAGAAGAUAUAAGGACAGCAGAGUCUGCAAGAUCUCAGUGGGAUGAAAAGGCCUGGGAGCUUGAGGUCUUGGCCAGCAAAAAACUCAAGGAGAUUGAAGGAUUAGUUGAUCGCUAUCAUCAGGAAAUUACCAGGUUGAAGUUGGGGACUGCAUUUGAAUAUAAACUGAAUUCCAGAGGAGUGACAGCAACGGAUAUCUUGGGAGUGGACUUUAAAGCAACAAUCAAAGCAGGAAUCAUAUCCUGUACUGAGGACUUUGAAAGGAAUUCAAGGGAGAAAUGGGAGGAGUCAAUAGCUAUUCAACAACAGUUACAUGAUAAAGUCUUAGAACAAGAAGGCAAGAAGAAGAUAAAUGCUAGUCUUGUAGCAAAAUCUAAGAAGCUUGAAGCUCGGUUUAAUGCAAUAACAAAAUCUAUGGAAGAGUAUGUUGCGUCUAAGAUGGAAGAAUGUGAGAAGUUAUCAAGAGAAGUAGAAAAGAGUGAGCAAGACAUGAAGCUCAAGGACAUUGAAGCUGAUGAAUAUUUGAAGAAAGCCAUAUCAGAGCUUGAAGAAAGGACAAGACACUAUGAUGAAGAAAUCAAGCGUUGUUCUAAUGAGUUGCUUAGGUUGAUUGACAUGGUUGCUAAGCAUAAAGAACAUGUAGAAUCAGCCAUUAGUAAUGUAAAAAAAGCAUCAAUUGAAACUUUGCAAGAGUGUAAUUCUAUAUAUGGUAGAAAAGGCAAACUAAAUGGCAAGAGGAUAGUCUGACACUGCAUAUGACCAUGUUUGGACCUACUUCAACCUUCUUGGGUUGCUCAUGUUGCCCACGUUUUGCUUAGAACUUUGUUUUAGUUGAGAAUUGUACUAAUUUGCUAACCUUCUUUGCGUUCAGUGGUUCUUUCUAUAAUUGUUAAGAGAUCAAAAUUUACGCAAUACUUUUGUCAUAAUUUUAGUGUUGGAA